AGGAGGAUGCUUCGUGUGCAAGGGACCACACCAAAUGAAGGAUUGUCCCAAGCUAGGGACUUUGGCAUCUAUCGCCAAGGAACGAGAAGCUCAAACUCAAGUAACUGAGUGUGUUGGAUCUAUCCAACACAUGAAUGCUGUGAAGGGUAAAGAGGCAAGCACUACAGAAAAGAAAGGCUUGAUAUAUGUCAAAGCCUUUAUCAAUGAAAAACCCAUCAUGACUAUGAUCGACACUGGUGCUACACACAACUUCAUCACGCCUGAUGAAGCAAAGAGGCUUGGGUUGAAGAUCACCGAAAAGAAUGGCUGGUUCAAACCCAUGAAUACCAAGGGUGAACCCCUUAAGGGAGUAGCAAAAGGGGUUGAGAUGACUCUUGGUUCUUGGAAGGGUCUUGUGGAUUUCUCAGUAGCACCCAUGGACGAUUUUAAAAUAGUCAUUGGACUCGAUUUGCAAAGGAAAGCAAAUAUAAUACCUAUGCCAUACUACGACGUAGUAUGCGUCAUGGAGAAAGGGUCUCCAUGCAUGGUCCCUACAGUCUCUAAAGUUGGCGGACCACCGAUAUUGUCUGCCAUGCAACUCAAGAAAGGGUUCAAGAAGGGAGAGACUACAUAUUUGGCUCUAUUACAAGAGGAGUCAACAUUCGAAAGAGAAGACGUUCCUCCCAAAAUCAAGGAAGUCCUUGAAGAAAAUAAGGAUGUGAUGCCUCCCGAGUUGCCAAAACAACUACCACCUAGGAGGAAGGUGGACCACAAGAUUGAAUUGGAGUUAGGAGCAAAGCCGCCCGCCUCAACACCUUAUAGGAUGGCACCACCAGAACUCGAUGAGUUGAAGAAGCAACUCAAGGAUUUGCUAGAUGCUGGGUUCAUCCGUCCAUCGAAGGCACCUUAUGGCGCACCAGUCUUGUUCCAAAAGAAGCAUGAUGGUUCAUUGAGACUAUGCAUCGACUAUCGAGCACUUAACAAGGUAACCAUCAAGAACAAAUACCCCAUUCCUUUGAUAGCCAAUUUGUUUGAUCAACUUGGUAGAGCUAAGUGGUUCUCAAAGCUAGAUUUGAGGUCAGGAUAUCACCAAGUGAGAAUUGCCGAUGGUGAUGAACCUAAGACCACGUGUGUCACGAGGUAUGGAUCGUAUGAGUGGUUGGUGAUGCCUUUUGGCUUGACCAAUGCUCCUGCGACCUUCUGUACCUUGAUGAACGAGAUUUUUUGACCUUACCUUGAUUGGUUUGUAGUGGUCUACUUGGAUGACAUUGUUGUCUAUAGCAAUACUUUGGAGGAACAUGUAGAACACUUACGAAUCGUGUUCAAGAUCUUGCGAGAGAAUAACCUAUAUGUGAAGAAGGAAAAGUGUUCCUUUGCAAGGGACGAAGUCCACUUCUUGGGACACAUCAUUAAAGAUGGAACUCUCUGCAUGGAUCAAGGAAAGGUGAAGGCGAUCAAAGAGUGGGAGCCGCCAAACAAGGUAUCUGAAUUGAGGUCAUUCCUUG